AUGUUAGAUGAUGAUGAUCCAGGUCGAUUUACUAAUGAAUCAAGUAUUUCAAAGACAGCUUUAGCUUUUUCAUCUGUAAAUCUAUUUUUUGAUGGAGAUCAUUGUGAUGUUCAUAUUCCUGUUGUUGGAGGUCAUAGUGGCAUGACUAUUGUUCCACUAUUAUCUAAAAUUUCAUCACCUUAUAAUUUCACACAAGAUCAAAUUUCUUCACUAACAAAUCAUAUUCAAUUUGGUGGUGAUGAAGUUGUUAAAGCAAAAGAUAAUACUGGAUCUGCAACUCUUCCUAUGGCAUACACUAUUAAUCUUGAUGCUGAUCAGAGAAGGGCUACAAUUCCUGAACUUAAAGUGAACAUUAAUAAGGGUGCUUCUUUUAUGAUAGAAAAACCAAAAUUGUAA